AUGACUGGAUCUACCGGACCGCAAGAGUGCAUCAUCUCCGAUCGUGGCGGCGUAAUCGAGAAUACGCACAAGGUACACGCCGCGGUUGUCGACUCCAGCGGCGAGCUACUGUACUCUGUUGGAGAUGCCUCUCGAUUAACACUACUCCGAUCCGCUGCAAAGCCUGCUCAGGCUCUUGCCAUCCUGGAAACCAAAUGCUUCGAUCGAUAUGACUUCGACGACCAAGACCUAGCUCUCAUGUGCGCCUCGCGCAACAGCGAGAAGCGGCACAUCCAGCGAGCACGGAAAAUCCUCUCCAAGAUUGGCCUCUCCGAAAACGACCUUGCGUGUGGUGGGCACCCUUCCAUUUCCGAGGCAGUGAAUCAAGCUUGGUUCGAUGCUCAGUUCCGUCUUACGCCAAUAUGCAACAACUGCUCGGGAAAACAUGCUGGCAUGCUGGCAGGAAGCUUGGCGCUGGGAGCUGACAGCCGUGGCUACGAAAAGCCAGAUCAUCCCAUGCAGCUUAACGUCAAAGCUGUCUUCGAGCAGCUUGUGGACGAAGACGAGUUGAAGUGGUCGACAGACGGCUGCAACCUACCAGCACCAGCUUGCUCAUUGACGGCUGCAGCAUGCGUCUUUAUGCAAUUCGCAUGGGCUGCCGAUGAGACUCACGACUCCAAGGACAAGACAUCGACCCGAAGACGUGACAUGGCCCGCAUCUUCAAAGUGAUGAGUCACUACCCUGCUAUGGUUGGCGGUGAGGGUCGCUUCUGUACCUUACUCAUGGACGCCUACCGCGGAGCUCUCAUUGGCAAAGUGGGUGCUGAUGGAUGCUAUGGUAUUGCGAUCCGCGAGUGUGAGCAGACCCGCAAGCUGGGAGCAGAAGGCGCUGUCGGCAUUGCUAUCAAGAUUGAAGAUGGCAAUCUGGAUGCCCUAUACUGUGCUGCUGCGGAGAUACUGGAGCAGCUUGACAUUGGAACGAAGGAGCAGAGACAGAGUGUGGCAACCUUCCAUCAUGCAAAACGUCUCAAUACAGCUGGUGUCGAGAUCGGCCGCAUGUCAGCUGCGUUUCGCCUCCAACGCACUCGGCAGGACUUGUUGCUGGAGUUGUAA